AUGAACUGCGUAAUAUUGUUCUUAUUGGUGGCCUGUUUUUGGACCACUUCCGUUAGUAGUGAUCCGGAUGAUCCCUUGUUGGUGGAGCUGGCCCAGGGGAAACUACGUGGUAGGGAUAAUGGAAACUUCUACAGCUACGAAUCGAUUCCCUAUGCCGAAGCCCCCACUGGAGAUCUUCGUUUCGAGGCUCCUCAGCCGUACAGUCAUCGAUGGACGGGUAUUUUCAACGCCACCACUCCACCAGUAUUCUGCUUACAAUGGAACGAGUUCAGAGACAGACUUAUGGGAGUCGAGGACUGCCUGACUGUGAGCAUCUACAAGCCGAAGAACUCAAGUAGGACCAGCUUUCCUGUUCUCGUUUUCAUCCAUGGUGGUGCCUUUAUGUUCGGCUCAGCAGUGGCCAGUGGACACGACAGCAUUAUGCGCGGUGGAAACUUGAUUGUGGUUAAAAUAAGCUAUCGCCUUGGACCCUUGGGUUUCGCCAGCACUGGGGACAAGGAACUGCCAGGAAACAACGGACUGAAGGAUCAACGGCUGGCUCUGCGUUGGAUCAGACAGAACAUUGCCAGCUUUGGUGGAAUGCCGGAGAAUAUUCUAGUCAUUGGACACUCGGCAGGUGGUGCCUCAGUUCAUUUGCAGCUUCUGCACGAGGAAUUUGGACAGUUUGCCCGAGCUGCCGUGUCGGUGAGCGGCAAUGCCCUCAAUCCCUGGGUUGUCCAGGAGGGUGGACGAGGUCGGGCCUUCGAACUGGGUCGCAAAGUGGGCUGUGGACAAGCCGAGAACUCUGCGGAACUCAAGAGCUGUUUGAAAUCCAAGCCGGCCGUUGAAAUAGUCGCUGCUGUUCCGAGCUUUUUCGUACUUCCCUACGUGCCCUUUUCCCUUUUCGGACCUGUUGUGGAACCAGCAGAUACUCCAGAGGCCUUUUUUACCCAGCAACCCAGAGAUUUGAUAAAAAGCGGAAAGGUCGCUCAGGUACCUUGGCUGGUGACCCACACAGCCGAGGAUGGAGUCUAUAAUGCUGCCCAAUUGCUCCAACAAAAUCCAAGAACUAAUGAGACCUGGAUAGAAGAACUAAAUGAUCGCUGGUUUGAUUGGGUACCCUACUUACUGUUCUACCGGGACUCCAUCAAAACUAUUAUUGAAAUGGAUGAGUUCUCCCGGAAACUCAGGCAGCAGUAUCUGGGAAAUCGAAAAUUCAGCGUGGAAAACUAUUGGGAUCUGCAGCGGAUGUUUACCGAUAUUCUCUUUAGAAACAGCGUGCGAGAUGUAUUAGAUCUUUAUCGUGAAUAUGGCAAGAGACCCGUAUAUUCGUAUGUCUACGAUAAUCCUUCUGAGUUCGGAGCAGGUCAGCAAAUAUCCAAUCGAACGGAUGUAUAUUUCGGUACUGCCCAUGGAGAUGAUAUUUUGUUGAUUUUCGACAUUGCUUUUUUACGACCAGUCAUUCGUCCGGAUGAAGCAAUUAUUUCAGGAAAAUUUAUCAAGAUGCUGGAGGACUUUGCACUUAGCAAUUCGGAAGCACUGGCAUUCGGCGACUGCGAUUUCCAGAACAAUGUGAACAGCACACAAUAUCAAUUGCUUCGAAUAACAAGAAGCGGUUGUAAAAACGAGCAACACAAUCAGUUUCCCUAG